AUGUAUUUGCGUCUAUGUCUUGCGUUUGUUUUCGUUCUAAUCGCGCCGCCAUCGUUUUGUCGGCACGCAAGCACUGACUUUUCCCUGUCAGAACAGGAGCGUGAGUCACUCCUGACUCGACUCUCCGAACUCGUAUCGCAGUCCACACAGGCCCUUGAGUCGUUAAAAGAGGCUGCGAAGCGUUCGAGAGAGGAAAUAGACAAAUACAAGUAUCUGAUUCCCAAUAGCAAGGAUUCUAAGCCCGUAGAAGGCGUCCAUUUGGGUGAAUUAAAGCAAGGAAAAACUGGCGGCCACCCCUCACAUAGGGGUUUUACUCAGGUCAAAAGCAGCGAGCCUGCUUCUCCGGAAUUUAUCAGAAACGCGCUUUAUGCCACACAGCCAGUCAGUGGUACUCCCCAAGCUACGGUAUCCGUCGAUGCGCUUGAGAACCCAAAUGACGUGGUGAAGAAUGCAACAGAGGUUGCAACUUUCAGUGACGACGGCUCUCGAGAUUUCUUUGAGGAGGAGCUGUAUCGCAUGAAACGCGAGAUUCAUUCCGUGAACCGUUUGCACAGUCUCAAAAAUAACGCAAACGUAUUGAGCACUGAGAUCCGCCGUCUGAUGACCUAUAAACCGGACUCAUCAACACAGGCGCAUUCGAAGGAGGCGCAAAGGUAUGAAAUAUGUGUAAACAUCCAAUCGUGCACAGAAUUGUUGAACACCGUAAAUCUCUGGAUUUUUCUAAUGGCAAAGACGGUUGAGGACGCCUACAAGCGUUGCGAGGACGCAGCGUGCCGCGAUGGUUCUGAAGGCGACUCGCGGAAUGAUCGUAGCAACGUCAAGAUGCCGCCGAAUCGCAAGGAGUUGGGUCGUGCCGGCUGGAUGUACCUGCACUCCAUGGCUGCUGACUUUCCCGAUGAGCCGAGUUCUUUGGAGAGUCUGAGGGUAAAAGCGUGGUGCUAUUCGUUUGCCGAGCUUUACCCGUGUCAUAUUUGCAAAGAAGGUCUGGUUGAGAUCUACCGGCGGCUGCCUCCGGUGACUGACAGCCGGCGUGACUUGCUGUUGUGGACUCAUAACCUGCACAACCAGGUGAACGCGGACUUGUCUUACCCACAUUACAAUGGAACGUAUGAGGAGCUGCUUCAGCUGGAUAGGCACGAAAAGUACUCGUAG